AUGCUCUUCAAAUACGGUGGGACUGCUUUAAAUUUAGAUAUUACUGUUACGAAAUCAUUAAGUAAAUUAGGGAAGCAUUGGUUCAUUAAAGAUAAUGGCAGUAUUUAUCCUGUGUUGAAGCUGUCGAAUGACUUGAUUGGCAGAGCUGCAGCUGGUAUGGUAAUGAGCAAUUUAAGGUCACAAGCGGACAAUGGUUAUGUAAAUGUUGAAAACGCUGUUGAAGCUGCAUUAGGAGAUCUGUGUUCUGUUUCAGAUGUAAAUAAAAUGAACAACUCCACAUGCAGUGGUUACAAGAUUUAUGACGUUAAAAUCUUCAGACCUAUAGAUUACGAACAACAAGAAUUGUAUUUAGAACCAGCUUACGUGAGAAGUAACUUCGGAUAUCAGACUUGGUUAGACGCUGUAAGAAUUUUACCAAGAGACUCCUUGUACUGCACAAUAGCGAGGAAUUUCUGUCCCUUUAUAUACGGAGAAUUUAUGGAAGACUUUGUAAAAGAUUAUUGA